UUGAAUUCUACUCGUACGGUACCGUCUACCGACCAAAUAUAUACAGUAUACUAGUAAUCUGUCGUACCGACUGCAUCUGCAUCAAUAUCAGUUUAAAACAGUUUUCCGUUUUCUUAAAUAUAUAAUACCUAUCAAUUACUAUCAAGUACGAUAUGUCUUCUAAGUAUUAUUCUCUUUCUUGGAAUUCAUACCAAUCAGGUAUCUGCAAGGGGUUUGCUGAACAGCAAAAUAAGCAGGAGUUUGUUGAUAUGACUUUAGUUGCUGAUGGACAUUUAGUAAAAGUACAUAAAAAUUUAAUUUGUUUAGCGAGCUCCUUAAUUAAAAGCAUAAUCAAAUCAACCCCAUGUGAGCAUCCAAUCAUAUUCCUCAAUAAUGUGAGCCACGAAACACUCUGCUGCCUGUUGGAAUAUAUUUACACAGGUGAAGUUAAAGUAGAAUCAGAUAAGUUACGGACCGUGCUAAGAGUAGCAAACAAAUUGAAGUUAUGUGGCUUGGAGACAUUCAAUAAGGAAAAACCAACAUCUCAGUUUAGUGAGGCUAAGCAGAUCAGUGGAAACCCAGUGAAAUCUACAGGCGACAACCCAGGUAUUGUGGUUCCAACACAAGUUUCUGGAAGACCUGAAAAUGCUAUGUUGAAUAAUGAAAAUAUUUGCCAGUACACAAAUGAAUACCAACCUGAAGUAAUGACAACAGACUGCUACGACAAUAGUCCAGAACUAGAUCCCAGUAGUGCAGCACUGGGCGUGGAGAAUGGUUUUUAUUCCAUAUAUGAUGUGGGCGAAACUGUGGCGUUCGAGGCCACAUCUGCCGACCUACCACCUGCUACUGAGCUCCCCACCAAUCUCCAAGUGACAAAUAUUACCAUUGACACUACAGGGUCACUGCCUCAGCAAUACUCGGUGUCGUCGCGCGGACGCCUGCAGCUGCUGCUGAACCGGUUCGUGUACAACCUGCACCACGAGGCGCAGUGCGGCCGCCGCCGGCGCUGGCGCUGCGCCGACUACCGCCGCCGGCGCUGCUCUGCCUACGUCGACACGCUCGACGACGUUAUCACCACACGGAGAAACAUUCACCAUCACGAGUACCACGACGACGUAAUAUUGAAAAAGACGCGAAAGAACUGUGUGUUCGGCUCGUCAGAUAACGCCAGCGGAGCCCGCCUCACACGAGUCCCGGUCAUCGCCGGGGCUACGAGUACGACCGACGACGAAUUGCUCUAACUGGAUACUCGUUUGCAAUAACCGGACGACUAGCAACAGCCCUAAAAGGUAAUCUAAUCGUCCGAUAAUCGGACGAUUUCU